UGGUUCUGUUGGCUAUCUACUAUUCUACGUUAAAUUGGUCUUUCAACCUUCGAUUAAGACACCAAGUUCUUCUAUUUGGAACCGAGAAGGAUCAAAAGUGAAAUUCGAAAAUGCAUUCCCAUCUUCAUACCCCAUACAACGCUAAUUGCGAGGAAAUCAUGACCGCAUUGGACGAAUGCCACGCCCGGGGCUUCAUCCACAAAGCCCUUGGAAACUGUAACGACAUUAAGCGCGAUGUGAACAAGUGCCUUGCUGCGGAACGGUUCGAGCGGGCAAAGCGGAACCGCGAAUCGGCGAGGGAGAGUCGGAAGCGGAUUGAGAAGAUUUGGGCAGAUGAGAAGGCUUUUGAGCAGGGAUUCUCCUCUGCGUCUUCGAAUGUGGGCGCGGAGGAGAAGAAAUAGACCGGGUUGAUUGUCGGUGAUGGUGGGAAUUGAUUAUAUUGUAUUGUAUGUUGCAUGAUCGUUUGGGCGGAUAGGCGUUUUGUGUGAUAUUCUCUUCUCUUCUUUUGAGGUUUCUACGACUGAGUGUAUGAUCAGAUGGUAGUAUAUACCAGGAUUAGAAACGCGGGAUGGAUGCAUUUACAUAAUUUGCAUUCGAUAUCGAAAUAUACAUUUGGUUAAACUGAUA